CCCUCUCGGAUGGACCCGCUAUAUAAUACGACUUAUCUUCAGCACAUAACAGUGCGGUUGUGUACGGCGAAAACCAGGAUUGGAAUUGCAGAUGAAAACGAUAAUUUUAUUAGGCUUGGUGUUUGGGGCGGCGGUGGGACAGUACGGUCCUCCGAAGCAGACCGGACCGAAAAAGCACCGAACGACAACGACGGAACCACCGAACGAAGCGAAUGAAAUCCAACCGACUGUGUACGAAGAAAGUGGGGUUUUACCAGACGGUGGUAAUUACCACGCUAAGGUCACCAGCCACAAUCAGCCCGGGUUGUCUGUUUCGUCUCACAGUUAUACCCUUUCUGGUCCGAACCCAAAUCAAUUUUUAAAUCAAUCCGUUUCUUCGAAUCAGCCCGGAGGAUGUGGUGUCACGUGCAACGGACAAAAUCAAAGGCCUAUCGACAUUUCAAAAAAUCCAUUUCUUAGUGCGGGACUGUCGGGUGUCCCGGUGACGAGCAGACCUUUCUCUCCGCCCUUAUCCCAACACCCAAAUCAGCCGCAAAACAAACCGAGUGGAAAUCCAUUUUUGCCUCCCAAUUUUAACCAGCAGUUCUCAUCAAGUCAACCUCAACCAAAUUUCCCACAAUCACAAAAUCCACAUACUGGGCAUCCUAACGUACAACCAUCUCGACCAGGUUAUCCGAACCAACCGUUACCAGGACAAUCACAAAAUCAACAUCCUGGACACCCUAAUGGGCAACCAUCUCAACCUGGUUUUCCAAAUCAACCAUUGCCAGGUCAGGGUCAACCACAAAAUCCACAUGCUGGACACCCUAGUGGGCAACCAUCACAACCUGGUUUUCCAAAUCAACCAUUUCCAGGACAGGGUCAACCACAACAUCCACAAGCUGGGCACCCUAAUGCGCAACCAAGUCAACCUGGUUAUCCUAACCAACCAUUACCAGGACAAGGUCAACCACAAACUCAACAUGCUGGGCAUCCAAACGUGCAACCAUCUCGACCAGGUUAUCCAAAUCAACUAUUAGGACAAGGUCAACCACAACCUCCACAUGCUGGGCAUCCAAACGUGCAACCAUCUCAACCUGGUUUUCCAAAUCAACCAUUUCCAGGACAGGGUCAACCACAGAAUCCACAAGCUGGGCAUCCUAAUGCGCAACCAUCUCAACCUGGUUUUCCAAAUCAACCAUUUCCGGGACAGGGUCAACCACAAAAUCCACAAGCUGGGCACCCUAAUGCUCAACCAUCUCGACCAGGUUAUCCAAAUCAACCAUUGCCAGGACAAGGUCAACCACAACCUCCACAUGCUGGGCAUCCAAACGUGCAACCAUCUCAAUCUGGUUUUCCAAACCAACCAUUUCCAGGACAAGGUCAACCACAAACUCCACAUGCUGGGCUUCCUAAUGUUCAACCAAGUAACCAAAAUCAACAACCAUUCCAUCAUGGUCAGAAGCCCCAUCCAGGAUUCCCGAACCAACUGGGGCAAACCGAACAACCUGGACAGCAACCAGGUCAUCCAGGACAAACUCAAUAUGGCAACCCUCUACAACAACCAAAUCAACCGGGGCAAUUUCAACCUCAGCAACAACCAAAACAACCGGUACCAUUUAACCAGCAGCCUGCACCAGGGUUUACCCCUCAACAACCGUCUGGCCAACCUCAAAAUCCUCAAACGUCUGGCCAGCAACCACAGCCUGGCUUUCCCAGACAACCAUAUCAAGCUCAACCUCAACAGUAUCCAAGCCAAUCUUUCAACUCAGCGCAACCGUCCCAACCGGGUGGAACGUAUAAUUGCAAUGGGCAACAUCAGUUUUGUGUCCCACAAUUCGUCUGCUCUAAUGGAUACAUUGGGGACAAGUCACCUAAUGCUGCGUCGACAUAUAGAAAAGGUCAAUGUAAUGCCGGUGAAGUCUGCUGCAAAUUACCAACUAGUAGCCAACCAAAUCAUAACUAUGUGACUGAAGCUCCUCAACAAAAAUAUACAGGCCCGCUAAACACUACCCCUCCACCAGGGUGUGCAGCUGCUUUGAAAUGUGUCCAGGAAAUUUAUUGUACAGUAGAAGGAGUAAUGUCCGACGUGCCAGUAGCACUAUCAAGAGAACAGACAGAAAAUAAAGUCCCCCUAACGGAUUGUCAAAAUCCAGAUACUGGAGUACUAGGUAAAUGCUGUAGAGAUCCAAAUUACAAGGACCCUUGGCCAGCAGGUAUGAUGAUGCCACAGAGGAAUUCAGGGUUCGACGACGGCCAAUAUCACCCAAAUAAAUAUCCAGGAGAAAAGCCUGCUAACGUGCCGAAAGUAAUUCCCAAUUUUAAUCCCCAAAGACCGAAUCAACCGCAAGGCCAAGGGAACCAAUUUUUUCCUCAGCAAGUCACAAUUUCCCCGCCUAACCCUCAUACCAUCAAAAAGCCAUUGGGCGCAUUCAACACAGUAGUAACCCCAUUCCCAGUGUCUCAGCCGGUACAUCCCGAUCCUCACGGUUUCGGUCCGAACGGGAACACAUUUGUGCCAAGUGGACCAACUGUACCGCAGGUCCCUGGAGGAAACUCCUACGAUCAAAACAAACCUCAGCCUAGUCAAAAUAACAAUCUUGUUGGUUCUCCCGGCAACUUGAAUCCGAACGGACCUUCCUCACCUUCUGGCCAGACUCCUUUCAGACCUCAGGGCAACGCACCACCAGCAAAUCAACCUUUUGAUCAUAAUCGGUAUUCUCAACUACAACCUUCCUCAUCACCUCAAUAUAAUUCGCCUUCAUCAGGAAGCCUCGUAAGUCCAGGAGAAAAAUGUGGCGUUCGAAGACCACCUUAUUCGGCUCUAACGUACACAACCGGUUUUGGAGAAUUUCCAUGGCACGUAGUCAUUCUAUCAUCUGGCAACCGAAGUGCUUUAUGCAGCGGUGCAAUUAUUGCACCCAACGCCGUGCUGACGGCUGCUCAUUGUAUCGAUGGGAUAAGCCCGGAAGACAUGGUCGUGAAGGCAGGUGAAUGGACACUGGACCAUCCAGGUGAUAGACCGACGCAGAUGAGGGUCGUCGCAGCAAGUGCUAUCCACCCGGUAUACAGUGCAGGUUCUUUGGUGAAAGACCAAGCAGUCCUCGUUACAGAAAAGCCGUUCAGUUUUGAUGUCCACGUCGACAAAGUAUGUUUACCCGCUCCUGGUGGAACUUACACUCCAAGUACUACCACUUGCUUUCUAACCGGAUGGGGCCGCCCUGCUCUGCAAAAUAACCAACCUGGAAGUUCCUUAAACAAGGUACCGAUAAAUAUAACCCCCAAAGACGAAUGCGAACAAUCACUGAAGAAGACGCAUCUUGGGAAAUACUUCAUCUUGAACGAAGGCUUCACCUGCGCCGCUCCUUUUAACGAGAACGAUCUGUGCAAAGUUGACAUCGGAAGCCCCCUUGUCUGCGAACGACCAGAUGGCCAAUACGAACUCGCAGGCGUUUACAGCUGGGAUACAAAAUGCUCAUCGAAUCUGCCCGGUGUGAUGGCCACAUGCGAUCCUGACUGGAUCAAACAGGUAUUGGCUACUCCUAUCGAAACUUUGAAACAACAGGCAAGGCCAAAAUUCAAAGACGCCCAGCUGCCCGAAGACAUCGACAGCAAACCGGGUUUCGCUCUUGGAUACGGAAAAUAGACUGUUUUUUAAUUACUUUAAAUAUUAAACGUGUGAAAAAGGUAUGAAUGUUUAUCAAAUGCGAAUGCAUAAUGUAUCAGUGUUCUUAUAAAUGGUGUGAAAAAGUUUUUUGUAGUUAGUUCAGUACUUAAUUUGUACAAAAGAAACAUUAAAACCAAAGUGCAAUAACUUGGUUCAACUAAACAAUCAAAAUACAUAUAAAUAUGUGAUUCAAUUUUCUGACUCUUUUAUACAUAAUUUUUAAAGAAGUCAGUGAUACAUAAAGAAUAAUGUUUCUUAAAUGUCAAGAGUAUAUUUUGUACUUUAUUAAAUGUUAAGAAAGUGCGGCUACAAUGAUCAUUUUGAAAGCUGUUAACAAAGUUAAACUAAAUAAAAAUAUAUUUUUUGAAA